UGGUUACGUGGGUUUUCGUGUGUUGGCAUGGUUACUAACCUUGAACUUGAAAGUAAGAGUUUUACUUUCAUAUUUUAGGAUAGAGAGAUAUAAUAAAAAUGGUUGUCAUGGUUUUUGGAUUAGUUUUAUUGCGACGGUUGCCGAGGGAACAUGUAUUUUUCUGUUUUUAUCGUGGGUGUGGUGGUGAGUGCGGUGGGGGGUGUGACCCUGGUUCCUAAGCAACAAGUGCACCAUGCAAAGUACAAUGCCGUGGAUUUUAAGCCUUCAACGGAUUUCACCAUGGAAACGGCCGCGAAUCAGUAUCCAUCGCAACAGAAUUAUUAUGAAAAUUCGUUUCCUAGGAAACCGCAACAACAGCAACAUAAGCUCCGCCCACAAUACCCUCAACAGCAAUCACUGGAAAAACUCACGUCCUCCGAGGAACGUGAAUUGGAAGAGGAGGAGCAAAAACCGGAUCGUCUCCAGGAAUUAAUGCUCAAUUCAAAGUUUGAAUGUGGUGGGAAGAAGGACGGUUACUAUGCCGACGACACGCUGAAUUGCGAAGUAUUUCAUUAUUGUCAGGAUGGGGGCAAGCAUUCCUGGCUGUGUCCUAACCAAUUUGCUUUUCAUCAGAUCCACCUAAUCUGCGUGCCCCCCUCGUCGGAUUUUCAAUGUCAGAAAUCAUCGGAUUUCCACUUUGUGAAUGAUUAUUUGUACAAACCGAUCAAUUCCAAACAGGCUGCGGCUUAUAAUACGUCAUUGAAAUAUGCGGAUCGAUUUUUCCCCGAGGGGUUCGGGGGGGAAAAUGGGAACAGGGAGGUUGUCGGAGGUCACGCGAGUGGGGGUGGGGGUGGUCAGGGGGGGAAAUAUUUUGCGAGUAGUGAAGAGGGGGAGGAGGAAGAAGAGUAUAGAAGGCCCCAACAGCAGCAACAGCCGCAGCAGCAAUUUCAAUCACCUAGGCAACCACACCCACAACAGGCACACCCCCCACGACAGCAGCCACACCCACACCCCCACCCACAAAGCUACUACACCUCCCCCUCGGAGAUAAACAUCCCCCUCACCUCCCGACGACCCAUCCCAUCCAACAAAUUAAACUCUUUCCGACCUUCCCCGCAAAUCGUCAAUAAGGCCAAAGAAUUUUAUUAAUUUGUUUCUAAUUAUACAUUUAAAAUAUAUAUAUUUUCAGGACGUGUUAGUAAUUUUAUUUCCAUGACAACCAGUAAUAAAAUGAGUUUCCAUGACAAAAAAA